AUGGUCUCUAUUGCAAACGAAGUCACUCAAACAGAAAAUAAUAUCUACGAACAACAUCAAGAUGAAUCGAAUAAUUCUUGGGCAGGUGCCAUUCCAAAGAAGCAAGGUUUAUAUGACCCAGAAUACGAAAAAGAUGCAUGUGGAGUCGGCUUCAUCGUUCACAUCAAGGGUGCUCCCUCUCAUAAAAUUCUCAGCGAUGCACGAGGCAUCCUUUGCAACAUGACUCACAGAGGUGCUGUCGGUGCUGAUGCAAGAGACGGUGAUGGGGCUGGUGUAAUGACUAGCAUCCCGCACACACUUUUUUCAAUCGAAUGUCCUAGGCUCGGCAUUCAAUUGCCUUCUCAUGGUCAAUACGCCGUCGGUAAUAUCUUCUUCAAACCAGAAGCUUCUGUUAUGGAAGAGAGCAAGCAAACCUUCGAACGGACCGCCAAUCAAUUGGGUUUGAAGGUUCUCGGAUGGCGUGAAGUACCUAUAGACAACUCCAUACUCGGCCCAGCAGCGAAAUCCCUCGAACCUGUUAUUCUUCAGCCAUUCGUUACACUCAAGGAUUACGCUUCAGAGUCGAUUGAUUUUGAUGAAAAAUACUUUGAGAGACAGCUGUACGUACUUCGCAAGCAAUCUACCCAUAAAAUCACUGUCAAUAAGUGGUUCUAUAUCUGUUCGUUAUCGAGCAAAAACAUCGUAUACAAGGGCCAGCUUGCACCCGUGCAAGUUUAUAAUUAUUUCCACGACCUGAACAAUGUACACUAUAAAACACACUUUGCAUUGGUUCACUCGCGAUUCUCGACCAACACCUUCCCGUCGUGGGACCGUGCCCAGCCAAUGAGAUGGUGCGCGCAUAAUGGAGAGAUUAAUACUCUACGUGGAAACAAGAACUGGAUGAGAGCGCGUGAAGGAAUUAUGAAAUCAGAUUUGUUUGGGUCAGAAUUGGACUUACUUUAUCCAAUUAUAGAAGAAGGCGGUUCAGAUUCGGCCGCGUUCGAUAAUGUACUUGAACUGCUUGUUAUAAACGGUGUAUUAUCGCUUCCUGAAGCUGUAAUGAUGAUGAUUCCGGAGGCAUGGCAAAAUCACGAGCACAUGGAGCCUGAAAAAAAGGCAUUCUAUCAAUGGGCUGCCUGUCUUAUGGAACCAUGGGAUGGACCCGCUUUGUUCACGUUCUCCGAUGGUCGAUACUGCGGUGCUAGCUUGGAUAGGAACGGUCUUCGUCCGUGUCGUUUCUAUAUUACUGAUGACGAUCGGAUGAUCUGUGCUUCGGAGGUCGGAACGUUGUUUAUCGAGCCAGAUCAUAUAGUCCAGAAAGGUCGAUUACAACCAGGAAAGAUGUUAUUGGUUGAUACUGCAGAAGGGCGCGUAGUUGACGACCGUGAGCUGAAACUGUCUGUUGCUGCCAAGCGAAAUUUCGGCGGAUGGGUUGAGAAACAAAUGAUCAGAUUACAGGAUGUGAUUCACAGAAUAAAGAUCACUGGUAAUGGAAUAGAAGUCAAGCUAGAUUCGUUCACUAUUGCUGAGGAUCCCAGAUUAUCUGCAUUUGGUUACACUAUCGAGCAGUUGAAUCUGUUAAUGUUACCUAUGGUGAGCAGUGGCAAAGAAGCUCUUGGUUCCAUGGGUAACGACGCUCCACUCGCAUGUUUAGCUAGCCAACCUCGUCUAAUCUACGACUAUUUCCGUCAACUUUUCGCCCAAGUCACGAACCCUCCUAUCGAUCCUAUUCGCGAAGAGAUUGUCAUGUCUCUCGAGUGUUAUGUUGGCCCCGAAGGCAAUCUUCUCGAAAUAGACGAAUUACAAACAUGCCGACUGGCCCUACCCUCUCCAGUGCUUACAAUUGAAGAACUCAAUGCUAUAAAACGCAUGGACCGUGUAUUUCCUGGUUGGGGGGUUGUCACUAUAGAUAUCACUUUUCCCAGAGAAGAAGGUCCGGCCGGAUACUUACUUGCCCUUGAGCGCGUCUGUGCUGAAGUAUCACAUGCCAUUCAAGAUGGCUUCAAGGUUGUUGUGCUUUCUGAUGCAGCAACAGACGUCAACCGUGUUCCAAUCUCUUCGCUCAUUGCCGUUGGUGGAGUGCACCAUCAUCUAGUACGUACUAAGCAACGAACAAAAAUUGCGCUAGUAGUUGAAACCGGUGAAGCUCGUGAAGUACAUCAUAUUUGCGUCUUGUUAGGUUAUGGUGCGGAUGCUAUUUGUCCAUAUUUGGUUUUGGAGGCCGUUAUGAAGCUCGAGCGAGAAAAUGCUAUUAAGGGUGACUUGCCUGUUGAAAAAAUCAUCUCAAAUUAUAAGAAGGCCGUCAAUAACGGUAUACGUAAAGUCAUGUCCAAGAUGGGCAUAUCAACAUUACAGAGUUACAAAGGUGCUCAGAUUUUUGAGGCGUUGGGUAUCGAUGAAAGCGUCAUUGCUCGAUGUUUCGCGGGUACUGCUAGUAGAAUAAAGGGUGUGACAUUCGAUGUUCUAGCACUUGACGCCAUAGCAGUCCAUGAGCAAGGUUAUCCAUCUCGCGACACUGUAAUUCCUCCAGGUCUUCCUGAAUCUGGAGAAUAUCAUUGGCGUGAUGGUGGCGAGCAUCACAUUAACGACCCAGAAGCCAUCGCCAACAUCCAAGAUGCUGUGCGUAUGAAGAAUCAAACUGCAUACGACAAUUAUUCCCGCAACCAGCACGAACAGAUCAAGAAUUGUACACUUCGUGGUCUAUUGGAUUUCGAUUACGAAAAUUCAAAACCCAUACCUCUCGAACAGGUCGAACAAUGGACCGAACUAGUCAAGAGAUUUUGUACCGGGGCUAUGUCGUAUGGGUCUCUCUCUAUGGAAGCACACUCAACGCUAGCAAUUGCGAUGAAUCGGAUUGGUGGCAAAUCGAAUACAGGAGAAGGUGGAGAAGACCCGGAACGUUCGAUACCAAGACCCAACGGCGACUCGCUACGAUCAUCUAUCAAACAAGUAGCGUCUGGUCGGUUUGGUGUAACUUCAUACUAUCUCUCAGAUUCGGAUGAAUUACAGAUUAAAAUGGCACAAGGUGCUAAACCCGGUGAAGGUGGCGAACUUGUCGGCGGCAAAAUUAGCAAAGAAAUUGCAUCCACCCGCAAGACUGUUCCAGGAGUUGGGUUGAUAUCUCCACCUCCACAUCACGACAUUUACUCCAUCGAAGACUUGAAACAGCUUAUUUACGAUCUGAAAUGUUCCAAUCCACGUGCUCGUGUUUCUGUAAAAUUAGUAUCGGAAGUGGGCGUUGGUAUCGUUGCUUCAGGUGUUGCGAAAGCCAAAGCUGACCAUAUUUUGAUUUCUGGUCACGAUGGUGGCACGGGUGCUUCUCGUUGGACUAGUAUUAAGUACGCUGGCCUUCCAUGGGAACUUGGUUUAGCUGAAACGCAUCAGACUUUGGUAUUAAACGAUCUUCGUGGACGUGUAGUAGUCCAAACGGAUGGUCAGAUUAGAACAGGUCGUGAUGUCGCCAUAGCUUGUUUGUUAGGUGCUGAAGAAUGGGGCUUUGCUACUGCACCGUUAAUUGCUAUGGGUUGUAUUAUGAUGAGAAAGUGUCACUUGAACACAUGCCCAGUUGGCAUCGCCACCCAAGAUCCUGAACUCCGUAAGAAAUUUGAAGGGCAACCCGAACAUGUCAUUAACUUCUUUUAUUAUAUUGCCGAGGAAUGCCGACAGAUAAUGGCCAAACUAGGAUUCCGGACUAUAGACGAAAUGGUUGGUCGCACUGACAAACUAAAAGUCAACGAAUCAUUCCGUACCCCCAAGACACAUAAUAUAGACCUUUCGCCUAUCCUAACUCCCGCGUUUACUUUACGACCUGACGUCGCCACACAUAACGUUCGCAAACAAGAUCAUAGACUCUAUAUUCGCCUUGACAACAAACUUAUCGAUGAAGCAGAAGCAGCAAUAACAAAGAAAGAACCCGUCGUUAUUGAUUGCUCAAUUAUCAAUACUGAUCGUGCAUUCGGUACAACACUUUCUAAUCAUGUGUCCAGACAGUUUGGCGAGAAGGGCUUACCUGAUGAUACAAUACAUAUAAACGUUAAAGGCUCUGCUGGCCAGUCUUUUGGUGCCUUCCUUGCUCCGGGUAUAACACUCGAAUUAGAGGGAGAUGCAAAUGACUAUGUCGGAAAAGGACUUUCUGGUGGUCGCAUUAUAGUAUAUCCACCGAAAGUGUCUAUCUUCAAGUCAGAAAACAACAUCAUUGUAGGAAACGUGUGCUUAUAUGGUGCAACUGCCGGUCAAGCGUUCUUCCGUGGUAUUGCAUCCGAACGUUUCUGCGUCCGUAAUUCCGGUGCUACUGCCGUUGUAGAGGGUGUUGGUGAUCAUGGAUGUGAAUAUAUGACUGGCGGUCGUGUUGUUGUCUUGGGAUCCACAGGCCGUAAUUUUGCUGCUGGUAUGAGUGGUGGAUUCGCAUAUGUGCUGGAUACAGCGGGUGAUUUCAAAUCCAAGUGCAACACCGAAAUGGUCGAGUUGGGCACCGUUAAUGACUCUGAAGAAACCGCUUUCCUUCGGCGAUUGAUCGAAGACCAUCGCCAUUAUACCGGAUCAGAAGUAGCGGAUCGAGUACUUAAGAACUUUAAUCAAUAUCUUCUACGAUUCGUUAAAGUCAUACCUAUCGAAUAUAAACUUGCACUAGAGAAACAAAGACGCUUAGAUGAAGAAGAAAAGAAAAAGGUGGAAAAAAUAAUAACACCAGAGGCCCAAGUAUCCGCCAAGAACGAACCAAGCAUAGCUGAUAUUGAAGAUACUCAAGUAGACGAGGCGAUGGCAAAGAAAAGAUUGGAGACAAUAGACAAAGUGCGUGGUUUUAUGAAAUACAAGAGAAAGGUCGACAAUUAUCGUAAUCCUCGCAAGAGAGCUAAGGACUGGAAGGAAAUCAACGCUCGGCUUAAUGAAGCGGAUCUCAAAGUUCAAGCAGCAAGAUGUAUGGAUUGUGGCGUACCGUUCUGUCAGUCCGACACGGGAUGUCCAAUCGGUAAUAUUAUUCCAAAGUGGAACGACCUUGUAUUCAGAGAUCAAUGGGAAGAUGCACUCAAUCGAUUGAUGAUGACUAAUAAUUUCCCUGAAUUUACUGGACGUGUAUGUCCUGCUCCAUGCGAGGGUGCCUGUGUUCUCGGUAUCAACGAAGCACCAGUCAGUAUCAAGUCUAUCGAGUGUGCUAUUGUUGACAGGGGAUUCGAGAUGGGUUGGAUCAUACCCACACCCCCUUCUAUGCGUACUGGUAGGAAAGUUGCUAUUAUUGGAUCUGGUCCUGCUGGACUCGCUGCGGCUGAUCAGUUGAAUAAGGCUGGACACGAAGUCACCGUUUAUGACCGUAAUGAUCGGUUUGGUGGGUUACUUAUGUACGGUAUUCCGAACAUGAAACUCGAUAAAAAAAUAGUUCAACGACGUAUUGACCUUCUUGCCGCCGAAGGAAUCAAGUUUGUUGCUAAUGCUCAUGUUGGGGUCAACGUCGAUGCUAAUAAGAUCCGUCGCGAGAAUGAUGCACUCAUUGUUGCAACUGGUGCGACGUGGCCACGUGACUUACCUAUACCCAACCGCAAUCUCGAUGGUAUUCACUUUGCUAUGGAAUUCUUGCAGUUGAAUCAGCAAUCUCUGCUUGACUCGAAUCUGGAAAAUGGGAAAUACAUUGAGGCCAGAGGCAAGAAUGUGAUUGUCAUCGGUGGUGGUGAUACCGGCAAUGACUGUAUUGGUACAAGUGUCCGUUUGGGUGCUAAAUCGAUUCUGAACUUUGAGCUACUUCCACAACCCCCUGCAAAUCGCGCUCCCGACAAUCCGUGGCCGACGUUCCCGCGCACGUUCAAAGUCGAUUACGGACAUGCAGAAGUACAAAUGCAAUAUGGCCGUGAUCCUCGUGAAUACGCUAUUCUUACCAAAGAAUUUAUAUCUGAUGGCAAGGGACAUGUAUCCGGUGUUAAUACCAUACGCGUUGAAUGGACAAAAGAACCCUCGGGACGAUGGCGAAUGAAAGAACUUCCCGGUACGGAGAAGUUUUUCGAGGCUGACCUCGUCUUGUUGGCUCUUGGAUUCUUAGGGCCAGAGGAGAAAUUGAUUAACAGUCUUGGACUUAUGACGGAUGCACGAACGAACAUUCAGACAGGCAAGGGCAAGUACUCAACAGUAGUACCUGGAGUGUUUGCGGCUGGUGAUUGUCGACGUGGGCAGAGUUUGAUUGUAUGGGGCAUUAAUGAGGGUAGACAGUGUGCUCGCGAAGUUGAUCAAUAUUUAAUGGGUGAUACUAAUUUGCCAGUUACUGGUGGCAUCAAACAACGCUCUCUAGAGUCGUUGUCUCAAAAAAUGCGUGUUGGUCUCGUUGUAUCAAAUUAA